AUUCCUGUAGCUCCAUAAAUUGGCCUAUAGUUUGAUUGUGUCGUUAUCGGUGUUUUGCGAAAUAACCAAUAUUUACUGAGCCACAUGAACGUUAUUGCUUUGCGGAACGCUUAAAGUACAUACACAUUUGCUACACGGAUCAAAAUAUAGUGAGCACUCUGUUAUUUAAAGGCACUUUUGUGACCAGUGUCAGUAUUUAUAUGAUUUUAGUGUCCAAAAAUGCAAUCAAAUCACCAGAGUGGCUGCAGAUAAUUUAGCUGUUGUGAAAAAGACAGGUUGUUUAUGAAAUAUGGGAGUACACGGACUUUGGCGACUACUGGAAAGCACAGGGAAACCCAUCAACCCAGAAACACUGGAGGGAAAGAUCCUUGCUGUUGAUAUCAGUAUAUGGCUGAACCAGGCGGUGAAGGGUGUGAGGGAUCGACAAGGCAACAGUGUCCAAAACGCCCACCUGCUCACCCUCUUCCACCGUGUCUGCAAACUGCUGUUCUUCCGCAUCAGGCCUGUCUUUGUGUUUGAUGGAGAUGCACCCCUGCUCAAGAAACAGACCCUGGCUCUGAGGAGGCAGAGAAAAGAGGAACUAAGUCUUGAGUCCAAACAAACCAACGAGAAACUUCUCAGGACUUUUCUGAAGAGGCAGGCUCUGAAAGCUGCACUUGGAGAUCGGAGCCAGGAGCCUUUACCCAGCCUCUCCAGUGUGAGGAGAGAUGAGGUGGAUGACAUGUAUGUUCUUCCAGCUCUUCCUGCUGCAGAGGAGAAAGAGAAAAGCAGCUCUGAAGAAGAGGAUGAUGAAUCUUCGCAUGAGGCAACUGCCAAUUCCUGGUACCAGGAUGACUUUUAUGAAAACCCAAACUCAGUAGACAUCAAUUCAGAGGAGUUUGCCUGUCUUCCUCCUGAAAUGAAACACGAGAUACUGAAAGAAAUGAAAGAGUUUUCUAAAAGACGGCGCACCAUGCACCAAAAACCUCCUGAGCGUUCUGGAGACUUCUCAGAUUACCAACUGGCUGGUUUGCUGCAGAGGAAUAAAUUAAACCUGCGUUUGGAGGGAGUGGAGAAGGAGAUGAGUGAGCGUAGUGCAGGCAGUGCUCCUCAGAUCUACGGGGAUCAAGAGAGCCACAAUGUGGAGGCACAAAGGCUGGUUUCAGAGGACCAUUCCCAUUACAUCCUUAUUAAAGGUGCCUCAAAACAGGAAAAAGCUUCACAGAAUCAACCACAGCCAGCAGUAGCUCCUUGGUCUGGGAGCUCUCUGUCUGGAGUCAGGAGUCGAGCAACUGACAAACCAGAACCACUGUGGCGUCCCGUCUGUGAAGAAGACGAAAAACAAUGGGGUCCUGUUAUUCAAGACAAAACAAAAGACCAAAAACCCUCUACAUCUGAAAAUUCUCAAGAUGAUACAUUACCUCCAUCACCACGGACUCUUAAAGCUAUACAAGCAGCUUUGAAUGACAGCUCGGAUGAAGAAAGUAAUAGUAAUAAUAACAAGGAUGGCAGUGUCUCUCCACGCACUUUGCUUGCAAUUCAACAGGCUAUGGCUGAAGAUGGCGAUGAUGAUCAAUUCAAUACAACCACAAAAUCGUCUGGGCU